UGCUAAAAUGGCGCCUUCCAUGAAGCGUGCAACACACGUAUGAAGCAAAUGUCUGAACGGAGCAAUUACCUACACGUUUUUAAGGUCUACUAAGAUUUAAAGACAUGAAAUAUAAUUAUCAACCAAGAGGUGUAAGUGCAAACAAGUAACUCAUUCAAAGGCCAAGAAAAGUUAAUUAUGUCUGACGAUGAGGAGGAAGCUGUUCUCCACUUUCGACCAAACAAACCAGUGCUCUAUGGAAGUUUGGAAGACAAAGAACGGCAGCGAUUGGCUAAUGUCAAGACUUCAGGAUCUCUGGCCACCGACGCGAUUGAAGCAGGAAAAGCAGCAGGAAACAUUCUUAUAAGUGAUGGGUCCAGAUAUGAGAUUAGUGAUCAUGUAGACCAAUCAGAUCUGUUGGCAGAGCUAGAGAGGAGGAAAAAGGCACGUCACAUCCAUGUGUCUACAGAUGAUUCUGAAGUGAAGGCCAGUCUACGACAGCUGGACGAGCCCAUAUGCUUAUUUGGUGAGGGCCCUGCUGACAGAAGAGAGAGACUUAAAAAGUUACUGGCACAGAUAGGUGAGGAUUCUCUGAAACAAAAGAAGGAAGAAGAGAUACAACUCAAGAAGAAAAAAGCAGAGGAAAAUAUAACCUGGUACCAUGAAGGAUCUAAGAGUUUAAAAGAGGCCCGCUACUGGCUAGCUCAGUAUUCUAUACCAAGGGCCAAGACCAGAUUGGGAGCUCAGAAGCAGACAAAAUUCAUUCCUACCACACAAAAGAAUGCUAAGACACAGGACAUACAGAAACGUAUUGGGGCUGUAUCCAAUGAAUGCAGUCAGAUUGGAGACAACCGACCCCUCUCAUACUGCCACUUCAGUCCUAAUGGUAAAAUACUGGCAGUGUCCUCAUGGUCUGGUCUGUGUAAGCUGUGGUCAAUUCCUGACUGUGGGCUGAUUAGACAACUCAGAGGACACAAUGGAAACGUAGGAGCAAUAGUCUUCCAUCCUCAGGCCACUGUCUCACUAGAUGACAAAGCCUGCUGUAUGGCUUCAUGUGGUCAAGACGGAUCGGUCAAGCUCUGGAAUCUUGUCAGUGAGGAGCCUAUGGCAGACAUAGAGGGACAUGCCCCCUAUAGAGUAUCCCGCCUGGCCUAUCAUCCCUCAGGACGCUUUCUUGGAACCUGCUGUUUUGACAAUUCCUGGAGACUAUGGGACUUAGAGGCUCAGGAGGAGAUUCUGCACCAGGAGGGACACAGUAAACCGGUGUACGACAUAGCCUUCCAGAAUGAUGGGGCUCUGGCUGUCACAGGGGGUAUGGAUGGAUUUGGACGAGUCUGGGAUCUACGCACUGGACGCUGUAUCAUGUUCAUGGAAGGUCAUCUAAAAAGUGUGCUAGGAGUGGACUUCUCUCCAGACGGAUAUCACAUUGCAACUGGCAGUGAGGACAACACAGCUAAGAUCUGGGAUCUACGGCAGCACAAGUGUAUCUAUACCAUCCCCGCUCACACUAACCUUGUCUCCAAGGUCAAAUUCCAACCGGAUCAGUCCAGCUACCUGGUGACAUCUUCAUAUGACUGUACAUCAAAGAUCUGGGCCCAUCCAACCUGGGCACCACUGAAGACCCUGGCAGGUCAUGAGGGUAAGGUAAUGGCAGUCGACAUCUCACCCGACCGCAAGUACAUAGCCUCAGUGUCAUAUGACAGAACAUUCAAAUUGUGGGCAACAGACAGCCAGGGAGGACUCUAGAUCAUAACUACUGCCAGAAAUGGUUUGUACAACAAGACAGUCACACAUGCAUUGCCUGUGCCACACAACGGAACAGUGUGUACAACAGGACAUUUACACAUACUGGGUCUGUAUGUCAUCGAAGUGGUGAUAAGAAAUGUUCAUAAGUGACAAUUUCAACAGCAGGAUGAGGCCAGUCUGUCAUACAAUAAAACACUUUCACCAUGUCAUUCAUACAUACAGGGCCUGAGUGUCAAACAAUGAGAUGGUUGUGUUACUGUGUAUAUCAACACAUACAGAGCCUGUAUGUCGUAAAGAAUAAAGUAGUAGAUGUCAAUCAUUGAUGUCCAAAUCAGGAUUCUCUUUCACUUUGGACAGUGUAUCAUCAUUCACGAUGCUCCAGAGGUUAUGCUCACAUUCACUCUCUGUACGUUAGGUCGAUGAUACCAUUUUUACUAGUUUGUUGCUUUGAUGUACAUCAAAAGAACUGUGCGGCAACAUAAUGGUAAAACAAACUGGCUGUGAAGUCUGGUGUCGCUCCUAGGUAAACUUUAAAACACAGGUAUCGGCCUUAACUUGCGAUUUGUCAGUUUUUUUUACCCAACACCAAUCAGACAGCUAUCUUGAUUCCUUCAAUUAAGCGCUUACUUGACAUAUUCCAAAAGUGCAGAGAAUGUAAAUGAGCGUAACCCCCGGAGUAUUGAGGAUGGUGUAUCAUUUGAUUAUCAUGUUCACAUAAAGUGCCCUUUUAUCACAGGAUUGUCAUCAUGUGCAUAUCACAGGACAUCGUCUACAUCUCACACCAAGUACAAGGACAUUUGUUUAUAUGGCAGCUGUUGUAUUAAAGUCAUAUACAACAGCAAGUGAAUGAUAUUGAGUUGUGGAUGGUGUUAUGUUAAAAAUGUACAGGUUCUGUUUAUCAUGAAAUCAUUAAAUAAUUAUUAUUAAAUGUAUGAUGGACAUUUCAUCACAAAAUUGACUGAUGUAUUUUUAGCAUCAAUCAACAUGCUGCAUUACAAAAUAAAAUUCAAUUUA